AUGCGCAGGAAAAGCGAUGAACUUCAGCAAGGUAAUGCCAAGGCUGCCAAACCUCAACAACUUUGGUCCGAAGACAAGAGUGACGACGAUUAUGAUGAUGAGGACGAGGGUGGAAAAGGUGGCAAAGGUGGCCACAACGGUAAUGAAUGUGCUACCCGUUCGGUUUCCAUCUUAAUUGGAUCUAGCACCUUCGACAUUCCCUGCUUGGGAGCCGGUUCCAUCGUUAAUCUUAACGGCCUUCUUCCCUCCUUCGUAUCCACUUCGUCAGUUGACACCUCUACGUCCAUUCAAGCUUCUUCGUCGUCGUCGUCAGCGUCCACAUAUAGUGCAACUGAAUGGACUGACUCAAGUUCCGUAGCGACUUCAUCGCAGCCUGGUGGUACUAGCGAAUCCGAAACAGAAACAAUGACAGAAGCUGCAACAACUACGACUAAUACAGACAUACCGACACCAACCGUUCCUUGCACUCCAAAUCUCGAGGGAGACCUAGUAUGUGCUCAAUCUGGUGUGCUACCGUAUUUUUAUACUUGUGAUGCAGGGCAAUGGAUUAUCCGUACUUGUGGUGAAGAAGGUGUAUGCGAAACCAUUUCAGACAACGCAGUAUCUUGUUUUUUGUAG